UGUCAUUAAAGCAGCCGCUUGGGCGCGUCCCGCUCUGAAACGAAUGUGAAGCUAAAUAUAGAUAUAUUACCUUAACUGUGAACUUACGUUGUUAAUCCAUUUUCUCCUGUUAGAGUAAUAUUUCUAAGCUUUCCCUAGAUGACGGAGAAACGGAAACCGUUAUUGUUGUGACCACUAAUCUGACAUAUCUGUCAGCUUACGACUGACCAGUCAUGUGACCAAUUAAUUAUGAGCGGACAGGUGAAAGUCACAAUGGUCAGCUUCCGUUAGGAGGUAAAUUAGAGGUAAAUGCCGCCAAGCUGAGGUGGCCGGCAAUUUCUGUGAACUGGGUCAUUGAACACCGAGGUGCUUAUUCAAUCAGACUGAGGGGGAAACAAACGAUAACAAAAAAAAAACUAUGGAUAGAACAACAAAAGCCAUCGUUUUGUUGUGUGUGCAUGUAUGCCUGGUUCAUGGAUAUACGACACCCACAAAGGAAUUGAACAUGGAAAGCUCUGACUGCGACCAUGCUGGUGAUUAUACUGUUACCGACCUAGACAUUGUCAAAGUGUGGGCAAAUCCGCCAUUUCAAAACGCCGGCUCCGGGUCACGUGAUAGGUGCGUCAUCAGGCUGAGGGCGGAGCUCGGAAACAGAAGACUCUUCGUCUACGUCACCGACGUCUUGUUCAACGACCGCGGCAUUCAACUCAAAGUGUACGACAGCACAUCAUCGGCCCAUCCCAGGCACGUUCUAACGAGCGAUGAUGGCCCAGGUAUGAGGUGGGAGCUGAAAACGUCUGUCAUGUUUGAACUGGUCAAACAGUCCACGUCGGCGAGGACGUACAAAUUCAGCAUCAUGGUCACAACUGAUCAAGGUCCAAACAUCGACUUCGAGCAGAAUGUUAAUGAAUACUAUGGACAGACUCUUACAAUCGGUGCCAUUGUUGGACUAGCAAUCGGAGGUGGUCUCAUCUUUCUAGCGCUAGUCGGCAUUGCUAUCUACUGUAUCAUCAAACACAGGAGGAAGAGACUGUCCAAGGAAAGGGAAGCAGGGUCUACCAAUGCAGGAUCAACAGUGUAUUCAUCAACUGCCUCCCAAGUGCUUUUCCCAUCCCACCCUGACCGGUACGCGCAGAACAAGGACGCCGACAGCAGGAACUCGAGUAUGUCUUCCAACGAGGGACAGAACAACUACGUGUAUCCGAAUCCCGCCUUCGAGGGCAAGCAGACGAACAGAGGCAGACGACGCAACCCAGACGCGCAUGACGGGAAGGGCGUCUUCAACGAGGGCUUCGAGACGUCCGAGUACGAUUCCUCGGACAGCCAGACGUCUGGCGGAGGACACAAGUACAGCAAGUACCAGCCAACCACCGGGUCCAUCAGUCGGGAGAGGAGCGGCAGUGCGCGCAGCAGAUCGCUCGACCGGAAGCGGAAGGCGAGCGAGACCAGCCGUGACGGCAAUGAUCCCAGAGGAAAACCGGCCAGACGGAGACCCAGAUCGUCCAAUGGCGGACACCAUCACGGAUCGGAGUCUCCGCGAAGCAGAUCGAGUCGUCACAGUGGUGGCAGCGGUGGGAGUCACAGUCGUAGACAUGGUUCGCAUAGGUCAAGGUCGCCUGGGUCAUCAAGGUCGUCGGAACGCAGGCGGCCCACAGUGGAUCCAGAUGCCAUGGGCUCUAGCGGUGUGUAUAGGUUUUAUAAAAAAGGUUACGAAGAAUCGAGAACAAGUGACGAUUCGACGAGCAGUAGUCGAAGCGCCAGUAAGCGUGUGUCGUAUGACUUGUCGGGACUUCCAGGCAGGGAGAAGGAACUCCAGAGUCAGGUUUGAGUCACGGACCUCGCUUGUACACAUUACGAUUUGAGUAUUUUUCUAUGGCUCUUCCAACAGACUUCCGAACAAAGUACAUAAACGCGAGGACGUUCUGUUGAUCAGUAUCCUGGUAUUGCAGACGAACUAACACGAUGAUUUGUUGUCGAGUGUGAUCUUCAUCUUGUCAUGAUAGCGACGUGCACGUGCAUGAUAUCUUAAUAAGGAUUAACGCACGUGAAACUAGGGGAAGGUGUCGGUAGGAUAGUAGUUAACUUAUCGGCUUUAUGGCUAAUCGGUGCUGGGUUCAGGUCUCAGUACCAGCUUCCGCUUACAACUGUAUUAAACGGCUUAAUUAGGAGGUGUAAAAGCACUACAUUGACUUCUCUCUCACUAUACAAGUAUUUUCAUCCAUGGAUAGACAGUUCAGACAGUUGGGGUGUGUUCCCAGGAUAGCGUGCUUGGAUCUUAAUUGGGUGUAAGCUACAAAAUAAAUGGAAAAUGGAAAAUGAACUAGGUAAGGUUCUUCAAUCUGGCACAUGACGGUAAAUAGCACCGAGUAAGAAAAAACGUUAAAAUCGCCUCUCUACACAUGCUGCUAAAACGAGUGACUGACCACUGCUGACCCCUGUGAAACAUGAACUUCGCCUGCAGUCUGUUGUUGUUCAAUAUAUGAGACAUGUUUGCGACGGUGACGUGAUAGUCGAAAACGCCAUUGGUGACAUUAAAGACUACCAACUGCCAGCAGAAAGUUGGCCAACUCGACUGUUUCGUUUUAAUUUCCCAAACUCCCGACUUGUAAGUGUGCUCAGACGUGAUAAUAGAAAGUUGGCCAACUUUCUGCUGGCAGUUGGUAGACUGAACCCUAGCAUUAUGGAGUAUCUGCUGAUUAGGUAGUGAAGGAAAAAUGACUGAAUGGAGUUUAGCGACUAGUGACUGUCACUAGUAUAUUCACGCGUGGUAAUAACAGUAUUUGCUGGUUAAAUCUCGUAGUUUAAUCAUUCUUGGAUUUCAUAUUUCUAUGCAAAAUUGUGGAAAUAAUGUUUGUCAAAUUAAAAAAAAUAAUAAUAAUUAAUGUAUGAAAAGAUUGGGCGUGUUACAGUAACCAUUUCAGUCAUACUGUACAGUUCAACCAUAUAAUAGUUAUACUUACAGAUAUAGCCUGCACCCAUUGGCGGAUCGAGAAGAGGGUCACAGGGUUCCCGUAAAGCACUCCGCACGCUUGAAAAGCCCUUUUUAAAGACUUGUUUGGAUGUUUGUUUUAGGUCAUCGUCCACGAUAUACAACACUAAAUAUUGUCCUACAAACGCGUCUCUCGGCAUCUUUAUUUCAAAUGUUUCCUUUGGGAGCUCGACUAAUUUGCCUUUGGCAAACCCAGUCUUACCCUUUUAGAAUUGUGUGACUCUCCCUCUUUACAAACUCUUGGAUCCGCCCAUGGGUAUCUUUUAGAUUAUCAUCCUUCAUGUAUAACAUUGUGAGUGGCGACGCAAAGAAUCGUUUGUAUGUCAGAUAGGACGCCAAAACAAAUUUGGGAAAUAGGUUAUGCAAAAGAUUUGCAUGAACGACGUGCGAACACAACGAUCGGUCUCGCAAUUUUCAGAGGCCAGGCGCAGGGAAUCCUCACGUGACCGCGUCUUAAUACAUCAUGUCCUGCCACUUUCAUCCCAAGUUUUAAAUAGAUUUACGUUACUUUCGUUUAUAUGGUUUAGUUAAACCAAUCUCACUGAGAUCAGCUCUACUGGUGUGCUAGUUACAGACUAGUGGAGCCGAGCUUAAUUAGAUUGUAGGUAAACCAACCGAAUGUUUCAAAUACUUUCAUGUACACGUAGGUUAUUGUGAUUUGAUUUUUCCCAAUUAUUUUCGCAAUUAUUUUCCCAUGUUUGAGAGAAAACAUUUAUCAUGAUAGAUUGUUCUGAAUGAGUUUUGUAAUAGUAAUAUAUUAUAGGCAAUGUACUGUGUUAAAUGUGAUUCCAUUUCAUCAGCCAACUUGUGUUCACCAAUCAGUCUCCAUGGUUCGAAAUGUUUUAAGUCCGGACACCGUCUAGUUCGCCCGCAUAGAUACACACUAAUGCUUCCAGUUGCAAAUCUACUGCGGCUAAAUGGAUAUAUAACGGACAUGUGACUAGGUAAUGACCAGGGUCCCGUUCCAUGAAGCGAUCUUAGCCCUAAGAUUACCUUAAGCACAUAGCUACCCUAUGCACUUAAGUUGGUCUUAGGGCUAAGAUCGCUUCGUGGAACGGGUCCCAGGGCAGGCCUGGAAUUUACGAAAUGGAGGUCCUCUUUAACCCACGAAGUCCAUCACACACACACAGAGUGAGACACACACAGACAGACACACACACACACACACACAUUAAAACGAAAAUUAGAAAAUGUUCGUGGUGAAAGAUGACCUCCAGAUCACUCAUUUUAGAUCCACCCUUAAAUUACAAGUAAUUUUAAAUUCCUCUGUUAAAACUUUCAGCCGUCGUGAAUCAGCCCAAUAACAGACUUUCGACGGUUUGGUUGUGUGUAGGUGCCACUGUAUGCGAUGGUAAAAGAAAAUUUAAAAAAUGGCGGACUACAAAUAAUGGUUUCUAGUAUCAUCAUCGGCUGGUCAUUAACGGCUUCUGGACAGUUUCCGGUUCCUGUUGAAGUCCAGCACUCUCUUAAUAGUGUUGAGAUAUGCAUGUUGUCGUAUUUGUUUGUUUAUAGUUAUUCAUUUGUUACAUUAUACAAUUAUUAUACAAUUAAUAAUAAUUAUAAUGACAAACUGCACAAAUCAAAGUCAACCUGAAACGAAUUUAAAAAAACAUAACUACUCGAAUGGCAUCCAAGUAGUUCACUGUGUAUAUCUAUAGUAAUCUAACGAGUUCAGCGUUCGAUUUCUAAGUUACUGUAUUAAUAUUUGAAAGUUAUUGAUGUUUUGGGGUUUAAACAUUCCAAACUGAUCUGUAUCAGAAUGUAAUUGUUUGAACAUAUCAGUUAUUUGUUAAUAAUUUUAAAAUAUUUCAAUUUUUUAUAACUUAUUAAGAACCAGUUGAGACAUUUGUUUUAUUUUCUAACCACUAGAUACCUUUUUAGCAAUAAAAAUGGGGGUUUUAUUGCUAUAUUAAAAGACUGUAUAAUUGCUUUUAUUUGAUCUGAUUAUUUUAGUUAAUUUUUAUAUAUUGUUUGUUAACAGUUAUAUUAGUUAUACUUUAUUUCUUUUAAAAUAACUUUGGAUUUUAACUUUGUGGUGUCUCGUAUAUUUUCAUGUGUGAUCGUUAUUUCAAAGUACUUUAGAUUAAAACUUCAUUUAAAGCUAACUACUACACAAUCAAGGAUACUACCAUCGGUACUUGCGGAACUGUAGACAUGUACAUACACAAUCUGAUUAAAAUUAGCUCUACUGGGUCUAGCCAGUAGAUCUAACAGCAUUGCGUACAGCAUACGGAAAUACAAUUUUGAUCAUGAUAACGGUUUUGAAUGAAUGAAUGAAUGUUUAACGACACCGCAGCACAAAAACACACUUCGGUUAUUGGCUGUCAAACAAGGUUAAAAUAUGAAUAUGAUUAUUUACAUUAUAAAUUAAUAUUUUAUACUAGUAAUUAUGUAAAGAACUGUGGGGAAAAGUACAAUGCAAUACAAACAUCAAGGCUGAUAAUGGUUUUGUCGUAGAGAUUAUGUUGUUAAAUCAUUCAUUAUAUGGCUUUUUAAAUAUAUAUAUAUAUAUAUAUAUAUAUAUAUAUAUAUAUAUAUAUAGAAUCUCACUGGCUCGAACACUGUCGGUGCAUCAAAGUCUGUUCG